CGAACACCGAAGCCCAUCAGCUGUCAAAAAGCUGUCAAAAAGCCAUCCAUGGUCUGACGCAGCGCCAUUUUGGCCAUUGAUCAAGGCAAAUACCGCCUUCCCUCCCCCGGCCAAAAUACGGCGGAUACUCGAUGGCCAUGGAAUUGCUCUAAGACCACGGCAGCGUGUGGAUGCGGAGAUUGAUACCUGGCCGCAAAAAUGACCACCGUAGUCCGGAUCUGCGUCUGCGGCGACGAGGGGACCGGCAAGUCCAGCCUGAUCGCCUCGCUCGUGAAGGACACUUUCGUCGCCAACAAGAUCCAGUCGGUGCUUCCCCAGGUUACCCUGCCGCCGACCAUCGGCACCCCGGAAAAUGUCACCACCACCAUCGUCGACACGUCGGCCCGCCCUCAAGACCGCACAACGCUGCGCAAGGAGAUACGAAAGUGCAACGUCAUCUUGCUGGUCUACGCGGACCACUACAGCUAUGAACGCGUCGCCCUCUUCUGGAUGCCCUAUUUCCGCUCCCUCGGGGUCAACGUCCCCGUCGUGCUGUGUGCAAACAAAUCGGACCUCGCCGGCUCCGGGUCCACGCCGCAAGUGUUCGACGAAGAGAUGCUGCCCGUCAUGGCCGAGUUCAGGGAGAUCGAUUCGUGCAUCCGCACGAGCGCCAAGGAGCAGCACAACGUCAUCGAGGUCUUCUACCUCUGUCAGAAGGCCGUCACCCACCCCAUCGCACCGCUGUACGACCACAAGGAGUGCCAGCUGAAGCCCGCGUGCGUGGCUGCGUUAAAGAGGGUGUUCUACCUGUGCGACAAGGACCAGGACGGCUAUCUGAACGACGAGGAGAUGCACGAGUUUCAGGAAAAGUCGUUCGAGAAACCUCUGCUGCCGGAGGAGCUCAACAACAUCAAGUUGACUGUCAGCAAAGCUGUGCCGACAUCCAGCAUAGAGAAGGGCCUUGACGUCCAUGGGUUUCUGUACCUGAACAAGCUGUAUGCGGAGAAAGGGCGCCACGAGACGAUAUGGUUCAUUCUGAGGAAGCAUCACUACACCGACAGUCUGAGCCUGGAAGACAGCUUCCUCCAUCCUCGUUUUGAUGUCCCAGACUACGCCUCAGCUGAACUCAGCCCGGCAGGGUACCGCUUCUUCAUGGAUCUUUUCUUGACGUUCGACAAGGAUAACGACGGCGGCCUCAACGACCAGGAAUUGGCGGCUCUCUUCGCCCCAACGCCAGGGCUGCCACAGUCUUGGUUGGAAACGUCGUUCCCCUCAUCCACCGUCCGGAACGAGGCUGGCCACAUCACGCUGCAGGGCUGGCUGGCGCAGUGGAGCAUGACGACCUUUCUGGAACCCAAGACCACGCUCGAAUACCUCGCUUACCUGGGCUUCGAGGGGCCGAACGCUCGCGACUUGACGACCGCUGCGCUGAAGGUAACCAAGCCGCGGAAGCGGAGGCGGAGGCCCGGCCGCGUCGAACGGAACGUCGUCCUCUGCUACAUUGUCGGCUCGGCCGGGGCGGGAAAAUCCUCGCUGCUCGACGCCUUCCUCAACCGGCCCUUCGAUGGGCUCUACCACCCAACCAUCAAACCCCGGCGCGCCGUCAACAGCGUCGAGCUGCCCGGCGGCAAGCAGUGCUACCUGAUCCUCGAAGAGCUUGGCGAGCUGGAGCCCGCCAUCCUAGAGAACCAGGCAAAGCUCGACGCGUGCGACCUGAUUUGCUACGCGUACGACUCGUCCGAGCCGGACUCGUUCUCGCACAUCGUCGACCUGCGCAAGCGCUACCCGCAGCUCGACGAGCUGCCGGCCAUCUACACGGCGCUCAAGGCCGACCGCGACAAGACGACGCAGCGCAGCGAGCUGCAGCCCGACGCCUACACCGCCGCCCUCAACAUGGCCGCCCCGCUGCACGUCAGCGUCACCUGGAACAGCAUCAGCGAGCUGUUCGUCGCCCUCGCCGAGGCCGCCACCAACCCGAGCACUGCCUUCCCCAAGUCGGAGGAGCCGCCCGACCGGACGAGCCUGUACAUGGCCCUCGCGGCCACCUCGUGCGCCGCCCUGGCCGCCUUUAUGAUUUGGAGGCGGUCGACCAACUCCGUGUAGGGCACAGAGCCGAGAUGAGUGCCUGUUGUUGUGGAUCUGGGGUGGAGGAGU